AUGGUAGUUGCCAACACCCGCAUCGUACGGCCUGAUAAGCCCACGGCGAACCACCCAGCAUUCGAGUCGAUAGCUGAGCGGACAAAGCAAUCAAUAGGCUAUGUCUGCCUGACGAUCUUCACCUGGAAUCCUUCCGAUUGUUCCCUCCAGCGUGUUUACUCUACCGAUCAGGUCAACUGGCCAACAGGCGGAGCCAAGUACAUGCCCAUGGACGCCCCCUGGCCACAGACCGUUCUCGUCCGACAAGAAGUCCACGCCUGUAUGACAGUCGACGAGAUACAGUCGACAUACAACGACGCGACGGCGAUCCGGAGCUUGGGCGCAGGGAUGUUGAUUUGCGUUCCGGCGGUGAAGGACGGAGUGACGCUUGGGGCGCUCAAUUUCAUUGGGAGGGAAGGGGACUAUGAUGAAGCGUCGAUCAGAGCGAUGAGGAAUGCGGCGAGGGAUGCGGUGGAUGUCUUUGCGGGACUGGGCGGGAGUCAUACAUCGUAG